AUGAGCAACGAAUGCACUUUUGAUCUUGAGGACUAUGAAAUGGAAUUCAGGAAUGAGGAUGAUGGGGAAGAUACUGCUUCAUUAAUUAAACCGGAGGUCAAGUAGAAAACUGAUGCUAAGCUUAAGUAGACAUCGCAAGGCGGGCAGAAAAAGAAAGGAUCUGAGGAAGAUUAGCAUUCAUUAGUAGAUUGGAUGCUAAAGUUGUUUAGGACUUUUGAUUAGUCAUAUCUUUAGGUAAUGACUGUGUCUUACUUUAUAUAAGGCUUCAAGAUAUUUAUUGAUCUUUCAGUGAUGGAUCUUUUCAAACAGUAUUUGAAAAUAGAACCUGCUGAGUCACAGAUUCUUACUUCAAUUAUUUACCUUCCUUGGAGUUUAAAAGUUGUAUAUGGGCUAAUUGCGGAUAAUAUACCUGUUUUUGGAUCGAAACGAAGAAGUUAUAUAGCAAUGAAUGGCUUCUUGGAAUUUAUUUUUCUUCUCCCUCUAGUUUCUAAUCUCGCGAAUGAUAAAUAUACUAUAACUAUUUGCUUGACACUAUACGCGAUUAAUGUAGCUUUUAAUGAUUCAAUCAUUGAUGCUCUAAUGGUUAUGCAAGCAAGACGAGAUCCAAUUCAUGGCUCUGAGGAUUUGAAUAGUUAUACUUGGAUAUGGCUUGCCAUUGGUGGAAUGGUUGGGUCUCUUAGCGCAGGCUACCUAACUGAAUAUCUUGAUCCUCAUCGUAGCUUCUUACUUUGUGGUUUACUUGGAUUGCUCAUAUCAUUCCUAGGCUUAAGGUUAAAUAAAGAAAUAGAUUAAGACCCGCUAAGUUCAAAAAAGUUCUCCAAAAAAGAGUUCAGGAAAAAUAUGAAAAGUAUUAAAAAAGCCUUAUAAUCCCCUUAGGUGUUUAACACUCUCGUUUACAUUAUGCUUACUGGAGUACUAGUACCCAAAUAUAACGAUGUUAGUUACUAUUUCUAGUUAACAGCUCUUAACUUUAGCAAAAUGACAUAUAGUAUGCUAACUUUUGUUUCAUAUGUCUCAAUGCUUUUGGGUACAAUGAUCUACAAUAGAUAUUUCCAAGAAUGGGAAUUUAGAAACUUGUUCUAGCUAUGCUAAUUAGGCUUCCUAUUUUGUUCUCUUUGCAAGCUUACGUUAAUAAUGAGACUCAAUUUGGGCAUAAUAGAUGAUCUAGCAUUUGUGUUCUUCACUAAUAUUAUUUAAGAUACAAUGAAUCUAGCUUUGAAUUUCCUUCCUUCAGUGGUUUUAUUCACUAAAAUUACUCCAUUCAAUAUUGAAGCUACUUUAUUUGCUACCCUUUCUGGAAUUCAAAGUUUUGCUUAGAAUGUAGGAGGACCUCUUUUUGGAUCAAUACUUUGUAAAUACUUUGGAGUUACUAAUGAAAAUUUUGACAAAUAUCAUGUCCUGGUAAUGAUUUAAAUAGGAGCGAUAAUCUUAAGCUUUCUUUUUAUUUGGUUUGUGCCAACAAAGAAAGAAAUAUAGAAGGCUCAGGAUGAUCAAUUGAAAGAACAUGAAAAAGAGAUUAAAACAAUAAACUAUAUUUGA